AUGAUCAGUCCAGGAGCAGAAGAGAGAUGCUACUCCGAAUCAAGAGGAAAGUUAAUAUUCGCAGAAAAAGGAAGACCAGUUCAUCAAAUCGUUGAGAAUCUCCCUCGACCAGCGACUCAUGAACUUGAGCGUCGAACACGAAACCCAGGCGGCGCAGAUGACCAAUUCCUCGAGAGCACGAGCGUCUGUCACGAAGAACUUUCCUUCGCGGAAAAUAUUGACCAGUUUUGGCAAAGCUUUGAAGCCGACGGACUCUACCCCGCGAUCAAGGGCUUCAUGUACUUCAAUCCAGCUUCUCAGGAACUCACCAGGCGAUAUUUGAAAGCAGCGAAAAUGGCAAAAAAUCUCGUCCCAGAGAAGAUUCAUUCUUAUCUAACUGGAAUCUUUCACAGCGAAAUCGAGCACCGAGAAGUUCCAGGGCUUAUCAGAUGCAUCGACUGGCAUCCUCGUUUCUCAAAGGUAGCGAUUGGUUUAAAAGACGACACAGUCAAAGUGUGGUACGAAGAGAACAAGCUCGUCGUCCCUCAUUUGAAGCACAAGCGCCAGCAGCAAAUCCACACUCUCGCCUGGAAACCCGUCGUCGAAGAAGUCCUCGUCGUCGGCUGUCGAGACUGCGCGAUAAUCUGGACGAUCGAGACGAAUUCAAUGUCGAAUCGACCAGCUUCCGGCUGCGCUCAAGUGAUUCCUUCUCCCGGCAGUCAGCCGAUCCACUCGCUUUCUUGGGACCCGUUCAGCUCGCUUCUGGCGCUGAGCUCGAAGAACGCGACUUUUGUCGAAAUCUGGGACUCGGAUCGAGAAGAACUCGUUCAACGACAAGUUGGAGCUUCGUGCGUUGCCUUCGUCGGAUUUAGUAACUCGGGAGAGAAACUGGUCGUUUCAGGAAGCGAUUCUAUCGCUAUUUUCAGCUGCGUAACCUGGACGAACGAAGGAACCUGGCGAAACUUGGAAGGCCCUGCUUUGAACGUCUGUUGGUCACAUGACGAUCAAAAGAUCAUUUUCGCCAUCAAAAACAAGAUCUUCAUCGCGUCUUUCGAGGGAAUCAUGGGCCCGGACGAAGAAGCUCGCGAAAUCGAAGAGUUCGAAGGCGACGUCCUCCAAAUGGCCUGGCAUAAUCAACGCCUCGCAGUUGCGGUUGAAGGGGUCAGCGAUACGCUCUUGUACUCGACGCAGAUUAACCAGUCGGGCUUGAUGGACAUCGAGCUCGUCGGACAACUCCCAGGCGCGGGUCACGCGAUGUUUCUUCACAUGAAGCCUGUUCCGGGGUCAGAUACUGUUGCGCCAGGAUCGCUGCUCUCGAUUGUUCAUGAAGAUGGAGAGAUUCAGAAUAUACCACUUUUCUACAAGUCAACGAACUCUGCGAUAAACGAACUGAACUCUUCGCACAACGAAACAUUGUCGACCAGCUUCGGCUUCACCACCGCCCUAGAAUCAAACGCCUUCGAAAUGAGUCAAUUCAAUUCCACUCGUCGCUAG